GGCUCGGCCCGGCUCGGAGCGGCCAUGGGGGAGGCGGAGGGUGGCGCGGCCGCUGCCGUGGAGAAACCGCCGCUGCCCGCAGCCGGCCCCGGUACCGCCGCUGCUGUCGCUGCCGCCGCCGCUGCUGUUGCUGCCGCCGCUGCCGCGGCUGCCUCCGCCCCGGAGCCCGGCGUGCCGGCAGAGGAAGCGGUGGUGGUAUGGAGCCCCGAAGUGGAGGUUUGCCUGUUCCACGCCAUGCUGGGCCACAAGCCCGUAGGUGUGAAUCGCCAUUUUCACAUGAUUUGUAUCCGUGAUAAAUUCAGUCAGAAUAUCGGACGGCAGAUUUCAUCCAAAGUGAUUUGGGACCAUCUGAGCACCAUGUACGACAUGCAGGCUCUUCAUGAGUCUGAGAUUCUUCCAUUUCCAAAUAUAGAGAAGAAUUUUAUUCUUCCUGAUGAGCUGAUUCAAGAAGUGAGAGAAGGAAAAGUGAUGAUGGAAGAAGAAGUGAAAGAGGAGAUAAAAGAGGAGAUGGAAACACACGCAGGUCCAGAAGAAGUUUUUGCACCCUCUGGAAGUUUAGGAAAAACAAGUGAGAAGCCGAGCAGCAAAGAAAAGGAGAAGACGUCAUCAGAUUCUGGGUCCAAAGAAGGAUCUGAUAAGAGGAAGCGUAACAGAGUCACUGACAAAGUGUUAAAUGCCAACAGCAACCCUUCCAGCCCCAGCGCUGCGAAACGACGCAGAACAUAAAGCUGCAAACAACAGAAGCAACUGACUAUGGAAUAUGAGGAGGGAAUAUUGAAAGCAGAUAUUAAGAUUGUCGUUACACAAAUGUUUCUCACAAAGGAAGUGAUAUCUGAGCCAGGUAUUUGAAGAACCUGCGCAUUGCCUUUAUGAGCACAGGACUUUGUGCCUGCCCUUCUCUGACCUGUUUGUGCUGCGGCACCGAGUAGCUGGAUGGUGGCAACCUGCUCAGGGAGAAAGCUGGCAGCAGGGAGGGUUUGUAUUUCCAAGUAGCACAGGCCGUGUUGGAACAGCUGAAAGAAGUGUUCAGUGAAGCACAGAGCCUCGACUUGUGACUAACAGGGGUUGUAUCUGUACAUUUUGAAUUGGUUGUUUUCGCCUUUGGUUGCUGUCUUUGAAUGUUACAGCCCCUCUGUGGGUUUGUUUGGCUGUUUAUCCAAACGUAGCAUUUGUAUCAGACAUCUGAACGCGUUGGUUCAGUAAAACCAAGAUCCUUUUAAAUACAA